GAAAAAAUCAAACUAAUGAUAAUUAUAAUAUUGAACCAUUUUAUAUUGAACUUCAUGUACUCUGUAAUUAUUAUGAAGUGAAAAAAUUUGUAGGAGAAUCUAAUAGUUUAUGUUGUAAUAAUAGAAAAAUUGUAUUAACCUAUAAUGCUCUUUUCGCUUUUACUUCUAUGGAUGUUCAUCUAGAUCAACAGCUAGCCAAUAAACACGAACUUAAAAAUCAAUUGUGUAUAAUGCUUAAUCUUUACUCUGAAAUCAUUGAAUCUAUAAAAAAUAUACUGAAUGAGGUUAAUCCUUUUGUUGCAAAUUUCUGGCAUCUUUCUACACUUAAUAAUAUAUAUAAUUAUCGAUUAAUUAUUAAAGCUGACCACAGAUUAGACCAACAUAUAUAUAAUGCUCCUAUAGCUUCACAAGUAGCUACUAUUUGGAUUGAAGGUAAUGAUUCUAACAAAUCUCAAAAACGAGAUAUAAUCCAUUCUAGUAUUCUCACUGCUUCUACAAAUAAUGAACAAAAUGAAGGUGACUUUUUCAACAAUACGUUAAGUGAACUUUAUUCAGGUUUGGCAGAUUCAUUCAAUACAAGAAAUACCAAUACAGCAAAUAUUGGAAAACAAAUUAUUCUCCCUUCCUCAUUUACUAGACAAUUUCAUAUGCCUUAUGUAUUACGAAAUCUCUUUUCAGCUAUUUUAGUUUUUAGAGAAUCUGAGAAUCUUAAAAAACUUUGGAACGAGAAUUUUCAAGCUAUGUCUGAAGAUUUUACUAUGAAUGGAAUACCAGAAGGACAGUUGCACAUUAACGCAGUACUUAAAUAUAUUAAUCAAUUCCUUCAACAACAUAACAAAAAAGAAUUAUCAAUUUCAAUAAAAUCUAAAGAUUUAACAAAAAUACAAACAUUAAAUGAAACACAAAAAAAUAUUUUUAAUAUAGUUAUUAACUAUGUUGACAAUAAUCGUUCUGGCAUAUUUUUUAUAGACAGACUGGGUGGUAGCAGAAAAACUUAUCUUUAUAAAUGUAUACUUGCAAUAAUUCGAUCAUUAGGUUUUAUUGCAUUAGCAACAGCCUCUUCAGGUAUUGCUUCUUUAAUUAUGCCAGGAGGUCAUAUUACCUAUUCACGAUUUAAAAUACCUAUACCUAUUGAUACAAAUUCAUCAUAUACUUUUAGCAAGCAAAGUCAAGUAGGCCAAUUACUCCUUUUAGUGAAACUUAUUAUCUGGGAUAAAUCUUCUAUGACACACAGGCAUGCAAUAGAGGCUUUAGAUCGAUCAUUAAAAGAUAUUACUAGAAAUAAUUAUCCUUUUGGUAGUAAAAUAAUCAUAUUUGUUGAUGAUUUCCGUCAAGUCUUGCCAGUAGUUCAGCAAGGAACAAGAACACAAAUCGUAAAUGCUUCCUUUAACAAAUCACCAUUAUGGCUAAAUAUAAAAGUUUUUCAUUUAUCUGAUAAUAUGAGAGCAAACAAUAACAAUGAUUUUAUGAAUUUUUUAUUACGAAUUGGUAAUAGCACUGAACCAAUAGUUAAGGAGGAUAUAAUUCGAAUUUCUGACCAAAUGACUAUAUCUUGGCAAGAUAAUCACGAAAAAUCUUUGGAAAAACUCAUUCAAUAUAUUUAUCCUGAACUUUCAAAAAAUAUAUAUAAUACUUCGUAUAUUAUUGAUCGUGCGAUUUUAACGACUAAAAAUGAAUAUGUUAACUACAUAAAUGAAAAAGUUAUCAAGCAAUUCAAUGAAAACUUCAAAAUUUAUUACAGCUAUAAUUCAGUGCUAAACAACACUAAUAACAUCUACCAAACAGAAUUUAUUAAUUCUCUAACUUCUAAUGAGCUACUGACAUAUCAACUAACACUUAAAGUUAACGCACCUAUAAUAUCUGUAGGAGAACAUCAUGACAAGAGAGUUUUUCUUUCCAGAAUUCCAAUGAUGCUAUUCGAAAACUUUAAAAUGCCUUUUAUUCUAAAAAGAAAACAAUUUCCAGUUAGACUUGUAUUUGUGCUCACAAUAAAUAAAUUACAAGAACAGACAAUACCACAUGUUGGUCUUUAUCUACUCGAACAU